UGCAACCUCCCUCCAUUGCUCCAUCUUCAUUUCAUUUCUUCUUCUCCUUUUCUUGAGAAAUUCUCUUCUUCUUCUUAAAUCUUAAUCACUACAAUAAUAUAUUCAUAAUCACAUCAAUCUUUGAUAGUUUGUGUGAUAAGGCGAAAAUGGAUGAGCCCAGAUUUGUGAUCGAAGCAGCUGAGGCUGAGUCCAUGGCCCAAUCACUAUCCCUCUCCUCCGUGCGCCACCUCCUCCCGGCCCUGGUGGGGCCGGCCCAGGCCCUAGCUCGGCCGCCAAUCUCCAAUUACCACGUGGCGGCCGUGGGAUUGGGCUCCGACGGCCGCGUAUUCGUCGGCGUCAACCUCGAGUUCCCCGGCCUCCCUCUCCACCACUCCGUCCACGCCGAGCAGUUCCUCGUGACGAGCCUCAAAGCCCACGGCUGUCCCCGCCUCGUCGCGCUCGCCGUCUCCGCCGCCCCCUGCGGCCACUGCCGCCAGUUCUUCCAAGAGCUCCGGAACUCAUCCGAAAUCCAAAUCCUCGUCGCGUCCCAAAACAAAAAAAUAAUCUCUGACGUCACUUUCAAACCCUUAUCUCAAUUCCUCCCUAAUCAGUUCGGGCCCUAUGAUCUCCUCGACGACCAAACCCCUCUCCUCCUCGAGCCUCACCACAAUGGCUUGUCGUUAACUGGCCCCAUUUCCGAUGAUAAUCGAGAGAAUCGUCAAAAUCUGAGUAAUGGAUUCUCCGAUCAUAACCUAUGCAAUGGGGUUAUCAACAAUUCUGUGUACAAUUCAGCCCUUUUGAAGGCCGCGGCUAUGGAGGCUGCCAAUGAAUCGCACGCGCCGUACACUAAUUGCCCUUCAGGGGUGGCAUUGAUGGACUGUGAAGGGAAAGUGUACAAGGGCUCUUAUGCUGAAUCCGCGGCGUAUAAUCCGACACUGGGCCCAUUUCAGGCGGCAUUGAUAGCCUUUGUGGCCGGAGGGGGAGGGGGUUAUGACCAGAUUGUGGCGGCGGCUCUGGUGGAGAAGGAAGAGGCAAAGGUGAAGCAAGAAGACACUGCCAGGCUGCUGUUGAAGGCUGUUUCCCCAAAGUGUGAACUCAAGGUGUUUCAUUGCUCUUCUACUGCGAAUUUCUGUAAAAAGGCUACAAAUUGAUGUGAGUUUGAUUGCCACUAGCUUCCUCUGUUCAAUGUUCUGGUAUUCUAGACUUCACAUUGUACAAGUACCAAUCAGAAUUGUGAAUCAAUGACUAAAAGAAACAAAUAAAUCCAGUUUGUUCUUUGGGUUUC